AACAACAGUGCGAUCCCGCCAACAGAGGAGGAGCUAGAAGAAGAAGACGACGAAUAUUAUGACGAUAUCUUCGAAGAGGAACUCGAUGAAGAGGAUUUUAGAUCGUCGAAUCCUAAUGAUUUUACGAAAUCAUACAACCGCCAGCGCCGCUUGAACGAAGUCGCCGCAGACCCAAAUGCACCGAAGUGGGCUUAUCCUAAAACCAACCCCCAGAAACCCAAAGUGAACACAUACGCCGCCAUCGAUGACCAGAUCGCGUCACUAGCUCGCCAUGCCUCCAAGAUCAAACUGGAUGAUCAGCAAGCAGGGAUGAAGGGCCGAGACCAGCGUAUUGUCGACAAGAGUGACCGCGCGACGGCAGAACAGGUGCUUGAUCCUAGAACGAGAAUGAUCCUGCUACAGAUGAUCAACAGAAACAUCGUCUCUGAGAUCAACGGCUGUCUGUCGACUGGCAAGGAAGCAAAUGUCUAUCAUGCGGUCAGAUUCCCGAACGAAGGCAGUGAAGACGCUGACGGUGCUGCGCCUGUUCAACGGGCAAUUAAAGUCUACAAGACUAGCAUCCUGGUGUUUAAAGACAGAGAUAAAUAUGUCUCCGGGGAGUUCAGAUUCCGGCAGGGAUACAACAAGAGUAGCAACCGUUCGAUGGUCAAGCUGUGGGCGGAAAAGGAAAUGCGAAACUUGCGGAGGAUCUAUUCCGCUGGAAUUCCCAGCCCUGAGCCCCUUUACCUCCGAUUGCACGUCCUUGUUAUGGGAUUCCUCGGUAAUUCCAAGGGUGUGCCGGCACCUCGGCUGAAGGACGUCGAGUUCGAUAUUCCAGACCCGGAAGCAAGAUGGCGGGAGCUUUACAUGGAGCUGGUGGGCUACAUGCGCACGAUGUAUCAUACCUGUCGACUAGUCCAUGCCGAUCUGAGCGAGUACAACAUCCUCUACUACAAAGACAAGCUUCACCUUAUCGAUGUCAGCCAGAGUGUUGAGCAUGAUCAUCCACGGAGUCUGGAGUUUUUGCGGAUGGAUAUCAAAAAUGUGAGCGACUUUUUCCGCCGAAAGGGCGUGAACACGCUACCGGAGCGGACCAUUUAUGAGUUUAUCACCGCAACUGAGGGCCCUGAAAUGGUGAAUGGUUCAAACGAGCAGAUGAUCGCUGCGCUUGAGAAGCUGUUUGCCUCGAGAAGUGAACUCCCUGAAGACGAGAAGCAGAAAUCUGGCGAGAACGAGGUCGACGCCGCAGUCUUCCGUCAGCAAUACAUACCGCAGACUCUAGAACAAGUCUACGACGCCGAACGGGACGCGGAGAAGCUGCGUAGCGGCCAGGGAGACGACCUGGUCUACCGUGAUCUUCUUGCCGACAAAUCUAGACCACAUGUCUCUGAAGAACCCGGUAGCGAGGAAGAAAGAGAAUCGGACCAUAGCGGUGGCGUGUCAGUGUCAGAGGACGGCUCUGAAUCGGAAGCUGAAGAAGCAGGAGAAGGAAACGCUACGGCUGCUGCCGAUCCCUUCGCAAAGAAGCAACCCCGCGGAAAGAAAUUCGUGGACAAGGAAGCCAAGCGGCAACACAAACACCAGGUGAAGGAGGAAAAGCGCGAGAAGCGGGCGAAGAAGAUGCCCAAACACAUCAAGAAGAGAUUGGUGAACACUACCAAGAGGAGGUAA